CGGAGGGGAGGCGAGGGGGUCUGCACGCCAUUGCUACCCAGAAGCUGCCAGACAGCCGACACCGACACCGAGGCAUCUGGCCCCAGCCCAGCGCCUGGAGGGAGAGGGAGCAUCCGCCGGCCACUCCCCAUCCAGCUGGACGCGCCUCUCCUGCCCGCCCCAACUCUUAGGAGGAGGGGAGGCGGGAAAAAAAGCAAAAGCCUCUCCCACCGCUCUGCUGCCAGCCCGCCACUCCCCAGCUCCUCUGGAUGCGGCACGUCCUCCUGGGAUUGCCUUGGAGGGGAGCGGUCCGUGCAGACACCAUGGAGGUGGUGCUGAUCUUUCUCUGCAGCCUGCUGACUCCUGCAGUGCUGGCCAGUGCAGCUGAGCAGGAGAAAGAAAAGGACCCUUUCCAUUAUGACUAUCAGACCCUGAGGAUUGGUGGAUUGGUGUUUGCCGUGGUCCUCUUCUCGGUGGGGAUCCUCCUUAUCCUAAGUCGGAGGUGCAAGUGCAGUUUCAAUCAGAAGCCCCGGGCCCCGGGGGGCGAGGAAGCCCAGGUGGAGAACCUCAUCACUGCAAACGCCACCGAGCCCCAGAAAGCAGAGAACUGAAGCGCAGCCCUCAGGUGGGAAGCCUCCAGAACCUGAAGGCAGCUGCUUGAUCCUUUAGAUGCAAAUACUGAUGCUUAAGAAAACUGAUCACUUCAGCAAUGGAUUUUUCCCCAGGAGAAGCCAAGAAUUUAUGUGUCCCCCCACCCCGCCUUGUCCCCCCAACACCAGCCCUCAACUUAAUGAUGCAACUAACCCUUGCCUCCCCCACCCCCAGCCUACGGUCUCGUCCAGCUCCUGUGACGUGUCUGUGUGUGUGUGUGUGUGUGUGUGUGUUUGACGACUGUGGUGUUAGUGGCUAUUUGUCCGUGGCUGAUGUUGUGUUAGUGAACUGUGGACUCUCUCUCCUGGGCAGGAGUGGAGCCGUGCCGCCAGCAGCUCCCCUCUGCUCCCUUCUGGCCUCCAUCACCUGCUCCUAGGAGUCUGCUUUUUCCCUGGGAGAUCAGUCCCUUCCUUCUCUGGAUUUGGGGGGGGGGGGGUGUCAGGGUAGGGGGUGUCUAAGCAUCCCGGGUCUUGGGAAGGUGUGUGUCACCUUCUGUUCCAUUCUUCACGGCCCCUCUUCCCUCUUGUACAAGAACCUCACUCCCAGAGGCCACCUUGACCCAAGUCUGUUCUUAGGGUGUCUAUGAAAUUGGAGAUUCAAAACAAGAAGCUGCUGAGCCCCAGCUUUGCCUUCAGGCAGGCUGUGUCCCAUCCAGGGUCAUUUUCCUCCUGGGGGGCUCCCUUCACAGAACCCCCUUCUGCCAAGCCCCCUUGCAGGGCGGCCAGGGAUUCCAGCCCAGGGCUUCCACUCUGCCCCUGGGGAACGCACCCAGUGCAUGUCUUCUCAGCAAUAACCCCGGGGCUCUGGAACCCUGCGCCCCUCCCCGGCCUUCCCUGCUUCUAGGGUCCCAAUCUGUAGCCCGUCUGCCUGAACUCAGACUCCUGUCCCUGAGGCUGGGUCUCCAGUGGGCAACAGCUGAGCGCGUCCCAUUCUCGGGAUCCUCUGCUCCUGGGUCCAUGCCCCUCUGACAGGGCAGCAGUGGCAGCGGUGGCCCCUGCGCCCCUUGUGCCGCCUGUCAGUGGGCAGAGCAAAGAGAGGGUGGCGAUGCCACUGGGUGGGGACGCCGCUCCCUGUGCCCCGCUGCCCAGGGAGCCGCGAGGGGUGGACAGUCGUGCAGAGGGGAAAUUCAAGCCAGUUCCCACCCUUACUGCCCUGCGUUCUCGUGGAAACUAACCAAACCAUCCGCUGUGACAGGACCGCUGUUCUCUGUAUUGUGAUCUAGCCUCUCAAAA